AUGGAGGCGGAACAAAGAUGCGUCGUUCUUGUUUCUAGCGAAGGAGAGGAAUUUAAAGUACCUAGAGAAGUUGCUUCUGCCUCUUUACUCGUCAAGUCGAUGACAGAAGAUGGAGAUGACACCGACGUGGUUCCGCUGCCCAAGGUUAGCAGCUAUAUACUGAAGAAGGUGGUGGAGUACUGCACGCACCACCACGACAACCCCCCUGAGGAUAUACCCACGCCUCUCAAGACCAGCAACCUCGCAGAAGUUGUGUCUGAAUUUGACUUUAAUUUUGUUAACGUGGAGCAGACAGUUCUCUUCGAUUUGCUGCUGGCAGCAGACUAUCUCAAUAUCCCUUCUCUCCUCCUCCUCACCUCCGCCAAAGUUGCUUCUAUGAUCAAAGGUCGAACCCCCGAAGAAAUCCGCAGGGAGUUUAACAUUGUUAACGACUUCACCCCAGAAGAAGAGGCACAGCAGACAGGAUGA